UGCUCGCGUGGACCCGUACAGGGUGUGCAUCGUCGACCUGAGAAGCCCUAUCAACAGCUCCAGGCCCAGAGCCCCGACCAUCCCCCCGAGCUCCGAUGGCUUCCGCCGCUAUGGCCGCCUCUUCCAGAGCUCUGCUCCGUCCGCACCGCCUCCUCCUCCUCCCCGACCCACGCAGCCGCCGCCGACUCUCCGCCAUCGCCGCGGUUUCCGCAAACGCCGCAGCCGCCGCCUCCACGGCCGUCCGGCGCAGCGUGGUGGACGUGCUCCGGGAGCGCGGGCUCGUGGAGGCUACCACGUCCGAGGCGCUCGGUUCCUCCCCCUCAGCCGGCGGGCAGCAGCAGCAGCUCAAGGCCUACUGCGGCUUCGACCCCACGGCCGAGAGCCUGCACCUCGGCAACCUCCUCGGCCUCGUGGCGCUCUCCUGGUUCCGCCGCUGCGGCCACACCGCCGUCGCGCUCGUCGGCGGCGCCACCGGACGCGUAGGAGAUCCCUCCGGAAAGAGCGCCGAGCGCCCUGAGCUGGACCUCGCCGCGGUAGCCGCCAAUUCCGACGCAAUUAAGUCCCUCAUCGCCCAGAUCCUCGGCCGCGCUCCAGAACCUUCUCAUUACAGCAAAUCCGGUAAAAACGCAAUCUUGGACGAAAAUGAGCAUGCCCUGGCCAAUUCGUGCCAGGGUUUAUCAGAAAAUGUGGGGGGAAAGAUGGGUUCCUUUGUGAUCCUGGAUAACUACGACUGGUGGAAGGAUAUCACACUACUUGAUUUCCUCAAGGAGGUGGGCAAGUUCGCUCGUGUUGGGACGAUGGUUGCCAAGGAGAGUGUGAAGAAGCGGCUCAAUUCGGAGGAUGGCAUGAGCUACACUGAGUUCACUUACCAGCUUCUCCAGGGCUAUGACUUCUUGUACAUGUUCAAGAACAUGGGUGUCAAUGUGCAGAUCGGAGGUAGUGAUCAGUGGGGAAACAUCACUGCAGGAACUGACUUGAUUCGGAAAAUUCUCCAGGUCGAGGGGGCACACGGUCUCACAUUCCCACUCUUGCUUAAGAGCGAUGGGACGAAGUUUGGGAAGACAGAGGAUGGGGCAAUUUGGCUCUCGUCGAAGAUGCUCUCCCCAUACAAGUUCUACCAGUACUUCUUCUCAGUGCCAGAUGUUGACGUCAUUAGGUUUAUGAAAAUCCUGACGUUCUUGAGCUUGGAUGAGAUUCUCGAGUUGGAAAAGUCGAUGAAGAGGCCUGGCUAUGUCCCAAACACGGUCCAAAGAAUCCUUGCAGAAGAGGUGACACGAUUUGUUCAUGGUCAGGAGGGAUUGGAGGAGGCCUUGAAGGCAACUCAGGCCUUGCGGCCUGGGGCUCAGACGCAGUUGGACUCGCAAACAAUUGAGGGGAUAGCAGAUGAUGUACCAUCAUGCUCUUUGCCAUAUGACCAAGUACUGAAGUCUCCCCUGGUUGAUCUGGCUGCCUCUACAGGUUUGCUAGCUAGCAAGUCAGCAGUUAGGCGGCUUAUUAAGCAAGGUGGUCUAUACUUGAAUAACAUAAAGAUCGACAGCGAGGAUAAAUUGGUUGAGGAAGGUGAUAUAGUUGAUGGGAAGGUACUGCUGCUAUCUGCCGGAAAGAAGAACAAGAUGGUUGUUCGUAUAUCUUGAAUUCUUGAUUGUUCUAAUUUGUUCCCUCUAUCUAAUUUUUUUGGCGAUGAGGAGAAGAAGUGAUAUCACGAGCUCUGUAUUCAGAUUGGCUGCCCGUGAACAUACAAAUUGCUUUAUUGGAAAUGCUAUACCAGCAAUCUUGUUACCUUUUCCUUUCAUGAGAACUUUUUGUGUGCCCUCUGCUGUUCGGUUUUUUCCCCUGUAAUGUACUCACUUGUGAUAUUGAUCUCCUGCUGGACCAGACCUGGACUAAAUGUUUUGCUUUAGUGUUGUGGGUC